GAAAGAGAAGGAAAACAAAGGAAAAAAACCCAGAAACAGAAGAAAUAAAAGAACAGAGAAAAAAAAAAAAGAAAACAAAAAUUAAAGCAACAUAGAAGAAAAACGAAAAACAAAGAAGAGGUGAAUCGAUCUACUUUCUAACAAAGCUUUGAUCUUCUGUUUCAAAGAUAUUUGAUUUGACAUACAUGCCAACACAGUCCGUGGUUGGAUAAUGGCUGUUGAGGCUCCUGCAAAGUAUGUUUAUGAUUUUGACGAUGAUGACGACAAUCAGCCUUUAGUGUUCAAGAGGAAUAAUACUUCAUCUUCUAAGCAUAAUCAGUUAAACUCGGAAAUAAAGAAGGCAUCUUCUCAAAGGUCUGAUGGGCAAUCUGGGAGGCAGGCCUCCGAUGUACGAGCUCCCAAUGGUCAAAGUUCGAGUGCCCAGAAGAACAACACAAUCCCAUCUUCUAAGUCACCUCUUGUGAAAUCUCCUAUUUUGAGCCCAAAAGCAUCAACAUCUUCUGCCAAGGCCUCACCAGUGACGAAUUUAAAGGCAUCAACUUCAUUAAAUGAUCAGUCAAAACAAGCAUCGAAGCAGAAUAUUUCAACUGCUGUCGAGGAAGAGAAAAGCCCGAUUAAAGGUAUCACUGAAACAAACAGUGAUGAUGAUGAUGAUCUAAAACCUUUGAGUGCCAGGCUUAAGGGGACCUCAAACCAAAGCAACAAGGGGGCGAGCAAUUCUCAUACUGACCAAUCACAGCGAUUGGUGCCAAAGAUUGAAGUAAAAGGAUCUGCUGAAGAUCCAGAUGAUGAUGCUCCUUUGUCUGCAAGGUUCAACAUGAAGUCCAAUACUGGGACAUCGAGUAGUAAGCCGUAUGAUUCUGAUGAGAAGAAACCUCUGGCUUCUAAAAUUCAGCAGAAUGGUUCCACCAUGAAGGACAAGCAGCAAAAGUCUUCUAUGUUACCGGAUACACCUACAACAAUGAAAUCCCUGCAAGUAAUGGUGAAAGCAGAAAAGGCUGAUGAAGAUGAUGAUCAUAUUCCAAUUGCCCAACGAAUGAAAAAGUCGACUCCAUCUGACAGUAAAACUUCAUCUAUGAAGCAAAAAGCGACCAAGGUUGUAUCUUCUUCAUUUAAAAAGAUAAAUAAAAAGUCAAAGAAAGAGUUGAAAAAUUCUAAAUAUAUUAAAUCGACGAAAGUGUUGCCUAGUUCUGGUGAUGGGCAGAAAAAGUGGAGUACCUUGGUUCACAAUGGUGUCAUUUUUCCACCUCCAUACAAGCCUCAUGGGGUUAAGAUGUUGUAUGAUGGGCAGCCAGUUGAUCUAACUCCUGAACAGGAGGAGGUUGCAACAAUGUUUGCAGUGAUGAAAGAUACAGAUUACAUGAGUAAAACGCAGUUCAAGAAGAAUUUCUGGGAGGACUGGAGUAAAUUACUGGGAAAAAAGCAUACCAUUAAGAAGUUGGACAGAUGUGACUUCUCUCCAAUAUAUGAGUGGCAUUUGCAGGAGAAAGAGAAGAAAAAACAAAUGAGUUCUGAAGAGAAGAAGGCUUUGAAAGAAGACAAGUUGAAGCAGGAGGAAAAGUAUAUGUGGGCUAUUGUUGAUGGUGUCAAAGAGAAGGUAGGAAAUUUCCGAGUUGAACCGCCUGGGCUUUUCCGAGGUCGCGGAGAGCAUCCAAAGAUGGGAAAGUUGAAAAGGCGUAUUCGUCCAAAUGACAUUACUAUUAAUAUCGGAAAGGAUGCCCCAAUUCCAGAAUGUCCAAUCCCUGGUGAAAGAUGGAAAGAUAUAAAACAUGACAAUACUGUCACAUGGUUAGCAUUCUGGAAUGAUCCCAUUAAUCCAAAAGAAUUCAAAUAUGUAUUUUUGGCAGCUAGCAGUUCUUUGAAGGGGCAAAGUGACAAGGAGAAAUAUGAGAAAGCAAGGAUGCUGAAGGAUUAUAUCAAGAACAUCAGAGCAGCAUAUACUAAGGAUUUUACAACUAAAGAUGUUAUGAAGCAGCAAAUAGCAGUUGCUACCUAUCUUAUUGAUAAAUUAGCUCUUAGGGCGGGUAAUGAGAAGGAUGAUGAUGAAGCUGAUACUGUUGGUUGCUGCACACUUAAAGUAGGAAAUGUGGAGUGUAUUCCUCCAAAUAAAUUGAAGUUUGACUUCCUCGGUAAAGAUUCGAUUCAAUAUGUGAACACGGUGGAGGUUGAGCUUCCUGUAUACAAGGCAAUCGGACGGUUUCAAACUGGGAAAAGCAAAAGUGAUGAUCUUUUUGACAAGCUUGAUACAAGUAAACUAAAUGCUCAUUUGAAAGAACUCAUGCCUGGGCUUACAGCAAAAGUAUUCCGUACCUAUAAUGCUUCCAUUACAUUGGAUGAGAUGUUAAAUAAAGAAACCAAAGAUGGCGAUGUGGCUGAAAAAGUAGUAACUUAUCAGCAUGCAAACAAAGAGGUUGCAAUCAUUUGUAAUCAUCAGCGUAGUAUCUCAAAAUCUCAUAGUGCACAGAUGUCAAGGUUGACUGAGAAAAUAACAGAACUCAAGGGUGAUCUAAAAGAGCUAAAAACUGAUUUGGACAGGGCUAAGAAAGGGAAGCCCCCCUUGAAGGAUGCUGAUGGGAAGCGAAAGAGGAACUUGGCCCCUGAAGCGUUAGAGAAAAAGAUAGCUCAAACAAAUGCAAAGAUUGAGAAGAUGGAGCGAGACAUGCAGACUAAAGAGGAUCUAAAAACUGUGGCAUUGGGCACGUCCAAAAUCAAUUACCUUGACCCUAGGAUUACAGUUGCAUGGUGCAAGCGACACGAAGUUCCCAUUGAGAAGAUAUUCAACAAGUCUCUUCUGGCAAAGUUUGCUUGGGCAAUGGAUGUGGAUCCUGAGUUCAGAUUCUGAUCAUCCAAAGUUAACCCAGGUUGGUGCCUUGAAAUUCUUACUCCCACCACUGGCCCCCAAGGAAAAGAUGGGGAUAAAGGAACAGCCAACCCCUCUUCUUCAAACAUCAUCCAUUUUUCCAUCAAAGUUAGUUACAAUUUUUUUUUUCUGUUUCAGUGGAAAAUUCAUGUUAUAUGCCAAUCUAAUCUAAUCAAGGGCUGGUUAGCUCAUUUCUUUUUCCAUCCCCUCAAAACUGUUCCAUGUUGGUAAAAGAGUUGCAACAAAAAUUGUUUGCUUUAACUAUUUAACACUCCAUAAACUAACGUUCAAUUGUGGAGAUACAUUGGAGAACGGUUCAAAAACAGAGUUGAUUUUAUACUUUCCUCCCCGAGAUUCCUUUUGUUAUUACUAUAAUCAUGUGGAAGAUACUGCUUAUGUUACAUUUCUGGUAAUUCUGUUAUGAAUACUUUUGUUGUGAAAAUUUGAAACCUGUGUUAUUGCUCAUGAUCCAUGAAACAUAUCUGAAUUGAAUGAGGUUAAGAAUUUGAUUAAUUCUAGAACUCAAGGGUCAAUCCUUGGAUUUAAGUUAUAAAAGAGAACCAUAAGAAUCAUCCUUGGUUACCAUUGGAAGUUCUUUCUCAAUUCUGAGACAUUAGGCCAUAUGAUUCAUUCAAUUAUCAAAGCACUUUCAGCAUUA